AUGGACAUCGGGCGGCUCGAGGGUUACGCCUCACACGGGGGGUUGUCCUCAAGGGUCUACCCGAGGGAGGAGUUUGCGUACGCGCUGCUCUACUUCACGGGCAACGACCACUUCAACCGGAGCAUGCGCUUCUACGCGAAGAAGAUGGGGUACUCCCUCUCCGACCACGGCCUCGCGAACCGCGGCGGCAUCAACUCGCGCGGAGAGGAGGUUCGAGGAACGCGCAACAUCGUGCCCGCCGAGAGCGAGGCGGACAUCUUCGCCGCGCUCGGCUUUGAGUACAGGGCGCCCGAGGACCGGCACGCCGAGGCGACGAUCAUUCAGGACGGCGAGGCGAAGCGACUGCCCCCGCUCUGCGACGAGGCAGACCUGUCCCCGGACUCGCAGCCGCUCGACAGCGAUUCUGACAGUUGCUAA